AUGACAGCUACGACGAAGCGCGAAUUCGACAACGACGACAGCGCCCGCGUCAAGCGUGUCAAGACCGAGUCCAACGGCAAACCCGACAUGGAUGCCGCCUCCAACCCGUACCUGGCGCACUGGAACGACGCCAACGACAGCGCCGCCGCCCGACAGGGCCUGAAGGGCUUCAAGCGCCAUGCCACAACCACCGCCCAGGCCAAUGUCGCAGAGAACGGGCCCAACAACCCCUUCACCGGCAAGCCGCUCUCCAAAAAGUACAUGAGCAUCCUCGAGAAGCGCCGCGACCUGCCCGUCCACCAGCAGCGCGAUGAGUUCCUCAAGCUCUACCAGGAGUCGCAGAUCCUCGUCUUCGUCGGUGAGACGGGAUCCGGAAAGACGACGCAGAUUCCCCAGUUUGUCCUUUUCGACGACCUCCCGCAGUCCGAGGCCAAGAUGGUCGCCUGUACACAGCCUCGCCGUGUGGCCGCCAUGUCGGUGGCGCAGCGUGUGGCCGAGGAGAUGGAUGUCGAGCUGGGCGAGGAGGUUGGAUACAGCAUCCGUUUUGAGGACAAGACGGGGCCCAGUACCAUUCUCAAGUACAUGACGGACGGAAUGUUGCUGCGCGAGGCCAUGAACGACCACAACCUCACGCGCUACAGCACCAUUAUUCUCGACGAAGCCCACGAGAGAACGCUCGCCACCGAUAUCCUCAUGGGCCUGCUGAAGGAGGUUGUUCUGCGCAGGCCCGAUCUCAAGCUCAUCAUCAUGAGUGCUACCCUCGAUGCCACCAAGUUCCAAAAGUACUUCCACAACGCCCCGCUGCUCGCCGUUCCCGGUCGAACCCACCCCGUCGAGGUCUUUUACACCCCCGCGCCCGAACGCGACUACGUCGAAGCGGCUCUGCGAACCGUCCUCCAAAUCCACGCUACCGAGCCCGAAGGCGACAUUUUGCUCUUCUUGACUGGUGAGGAGGAGAUUGAGGAUGCUUGCCGGAAGAUAAACUUGGAAGCUCAAGAUUUGAGUCGCGAGGGUGGUGCUGGACCGCUUGUUGUAUACCCGCUGUACGGAACUCUGCCCCCUGCGCAACAACAAAAGAUCUUUUCUCCCGCACCUCCGCCAGCAACACCGGGCGGCCGCCCCGGACGAAAGUGCAUCGUCUCCACCAACAUUGCCGAGACUUCGCUCACUAUUGACGGAAUCGUGUACGUCGUAGACCCGGGUUUCAGCAAGCAAAAAGUAUACAACCCCCGUAUCCGUGUCGAGUCGCUGUUGGUAUCGCCCAUUUCCAAGGCCUCUGCACAGCAGCGCGCUGGUCGUGCUGGUCGUACACGUCCUGGUAAAUGCUUCCGCUUGUACACCGAAGCUGCAUUCAAGAAGGAGCUCAUCGAGCAGACCUAUCCCGAAAUCCUGCGAUCCAACUUGGCGAGCACAGUCCUGGAGCUGAAGAAGCUCGGAGUCGACGACCUGGUACACUUUGACCUGAUGGACCCUCCUGCGCCCGAGACGCUGAUGCGAGCAUUGGAGGAGCUAAACUACCUGGCAUGCCUGGAUGAUGAGGGCGAGCUUACCACACUGGGAGGGCUCGCGUCUCAGUUUCCUCUGGAUCCUGCAUUGGCAGUCAUGCUAAUCACAUCGCCUGAAUUCUACUGCUCUAAUGAGAUUCUCUCCCUUACUGCACUCCUCUCUGUACCGCAAAUUUUUGUUCGCCCAGCCAACAACCGCAAGCGAGCAGACGAGAUGAAGGAUCUGUUUGCACACCCCAAGGGCGACCACCUUACCAUGCUGAAUGUCUAUCAUGCGUUCAAGAGCGAGGAAGCGCAGGCCAAUCCGAAGCAGUGGUGCCACGACCACUUCCUGUCAUACCGAGCGCUGCAACAAGCCGACAAUGUCCGUAUGCAGCUCAAGCGCAUAAUGGAGCGCGAGGAGCUCGAGCUCGUAUCGACACCGUUUGAGAACAAGAAGUACUACGAGAACAUCCAGCGUGCGCUCGUAGCCGGUUUCUUCAUGCAAGUCGCCAAGCGGGAUGGUAACGGAAAGAGCUACAUUACUGUCAAGGAUGAGCAGAACGUUCUCCUGCAUCCCAGCACGGUGCUGGCCGAAGACAGUGAAUGGGUCAUCUACAACGAAUUUGUGCUCACGACAAAGAACUACAUUCGAACAGUAACGUCGGUCAAGCCGGAGUGGCUGAUAGAUAUUUCUCCCAACUAUUACGACUUGUCCCAAUUCAAGAAGGGUGAGAUCAGACAGGCGCUGCAGCGUGUUGUCACCAAGGUGCUACGCAAGGAUGCCGAGAAGGCGAUCCGGAGAUGAUGUGAUUCGUACUCGUUUGUUGCUAGGCUAAGCAUCAACAUGCUGUUGCACGGACGGCGUUUGUGUCCUGGGUACAGUGUCAUUUGGCGUUGGAUUUACAUGUAGACCGGGGUAUACUCCACAACAUGGGCGCUGCCAAAAAGCGUCUUGUAAUUCAGUCA